AUGGACCACGCGGCGGAGGCGCACCGGACCGACCUGAUGACGCUGACGAGGCACGUCCUGAACGAGCAGUCGAAGCACCCGGAGUCCAAGGGCGACUUCACCAUCCUCCUCAGCCACAUCGUCCUCGGCUGCAAGUUCGUCUGCUCCGCCGUGAACAAGGUGUGAUCCUUCGCCGCCGCGCUCACUUUCUGAUGAUGAUCCCGAGUCGGUCAUUCCAUUCCCUCUGCGAAUGAUGCCACCGCGCUUUUCUGUGGUCGAAGGUCCGAUUUGAUUUCGUGAUUCCUUUAUCAAGUUUCUCGAAUCGAUCAAGAUCUCCGGUCCAUCGAGAAGCUCGAUGAUUCCGCUCCAAAGACCUCACAAUAAUCUUGUCCGUUGCGACUCGGUCUGGGGAGAUAGCCUUGGAUUCUUUCGGCUGUGGUUUCUGCCCUCCCCUUCCUCGUCAUAUAAGGACGGUUUCUUCUCGCAGGCUGGCCUCGCGAAGCUCAUCGGACUUGCUGGAGAUACGAACGUCCAGGUAGAGCUCUCUUCCUCAUCUGUCCUCGACAAGAGGGAUCGUCUGUCAUCUGGAUUUUUCUUACCAGAAAAUGCGAUUAGUAUCUUCAUCUCGCGCAAAUCACAGUGAAGGAAUUGCGUUAGGUCAUAGAUCCGAUCACUGGCGGGAGCUUAAUUUCUUCUCUGAGAAUAUAGCUAUGCUGACUCCGUGUGAUUCAGGGCGAGGAGCAGAAGAAGCUCGACGUGCUCUCGAACGAGGUCUUCAUCAAGGCCCUGACCAGCAGCGGGAGGACGGUGAGUCUCCGCAGCUAAUUCCAUUACUCAUCGCGUCGGAGAGAACUCCGCUUUGUCGCACCAGGAGCAGCCUGACGACAUCCAUGGAAUUAUCGACAGUGCAUUCUCGUUUCCGAGGAAGACGAAGAGGCCACCUUCGUGGACCCAGCGCUGCGCGGAAGGUCUCCACCCGCUCGUCCCCUUUCCUCCCUGGGCAACUUGCUCCUGCAGCCUGUGACAAGAUCUUCUUUCCUAGUACCGCAGGUACUGCGUCGUCUUCGACCCUCUUGAUGGCUCCUCCAACAUCGACUGCGGCGUCUCCAUUGGAACAGUGGGUUCCCUCUCUUCCAUUUUCUGGCCUUCACAUCCCCCCCCCCCCCCGUCCCCUCCCCUCCUCCCCACAGAGGAUACUUCUCUUUCUCAGUCUUCAAACCCAGCUAUCUUUCUAUCUCUCUGCAGAUUUUUGGGAUCUACAUGAUAAAGGACAAGAACAAGGUGACGGUGGAGGAUGUGCUGCAACCGGGGAAGAAAAUGGUCGCCGCAGGGUACUGCAUGUACGGGAGCUCUUGCAUGGUAAGCCAAUCAUGCACAAGAUGAUCAAAUUUCCCCCUGUGCUGCAAUCAAAAUCCCGGGCUUUUUUCUUCUUUCUUUCUUUCUACGUAAUCGUGAUCCCCAAGGGUCUCUACGUUGCAGCUCGUGUUGAGCACCGGAAGAGGCGUCAAUGGCUUCACCCUCGACCCAUCUCUCGGGGAGUUCAUACUCACGCACCCAAAUAUCAAGGUAACCUGAAAGACGAAAGAAACAUAAUCAAUAUAUCAGCUUUUUUUUUUCAGAGUUAUCAUGUUGCAGUCCCUCUCUGUAGAUUCCGAAGAAAGGAAGUAUAUACUCGGUGAACGAGGGCAACGCCAAGAACUGGGACGAACCCACAGCGAGGUAGAUGAACACCGUUGACUCCCCGUUACUGGUGUCGGGACUCGUUGACUUGAUACGUUUCGGUCAAACAGGUACGUCGAGAGGUGCAAGUUCCCCCAGGACGGAUCGUCUCCCAAGUCCCUCAGAUACGUCGGAAGGUCUUUCCUCCCUCCCUCCCUCCCCUCAGAUACUUCUCCCCAUCUCUUGCUUGUUCUUGACGGUCGCCGUCGUUCUUCGAGGGCCGCAGCAUGGUUGCCGACGUUCAUCGGACUCUGCUCUACGGAGGCAUCUUCCUGUACCCUGCGGAUAAGAAGAGCCCCAAUGGGAAGCUCCGGUAUGUCUAAACUUCUCCACCCGACUGACUUGCCUGGCUUCUGGGACUUACGACGAUGGCCAUUUUGAGCGGCGCAGAGUCCUCUACGAAGUCUUCCCAAUGUCGUUCCUCAUGGAGCAAGCCGGAGGGCAGGCUUUCACUGGCAAAGGACGGGUAAAUACUAGCAAACCACCCUUGAUCUCUCACUUCUCCUCUCUAUCGAUUGCCUUCGAGAACUGAAAUCGAGGAGGAUCUCCGAACUGGUUUCUGGCAGGCGCUCGAACUGGUUCCCACGAAGAUCCACGAGAGGUCUCCAAUUUUCCUGGGGAGCUACGACGACGUUGAGGAGAUCAAGACCCUCUACGCUGCUUCUGUGGAGAAGGAAGCCUGA